AUGGCGGGGCUGCUCGGCAUCCUCGCGGUGCUCGCCUCCGCGCGAGCCCAGAAGGCCGUGCGGCUCAUCAACCUCACGCUCGGCGAGGCGCACCGCGAGUGGGGCCAGUUCUUCGUCGAACGCAUGCCCCGGCGCUGCGCGACCUACGACGAGGGCUCGACGCUCAUGGCCAUCGGCAGCGACCACUUCGUCUACGAGCUCACGACCUGCGACGACAUCCUGCAGGCCGUCAUCAUGUUCUGCCACCACGACGGCGCCGGCGAGUACCCGGCGGGCCACCGCUGCGCGACGGCCUACUUCGCCGCGCUCCUCGACCAGGGGAAGCUCGGCGCCUCCGACGCGGAGCGCGCUAAGCGGACCGUCGCGGCCAUGGAGGACACGGUGGAGUUCAAUACCUUGGCGGCGACGGGCCGCCUGCGCUUCCGCGACGACUUUGUGACGUCGAACUGGCACCUCGCGUGGGUCGUCGACGAGCUGACGCGCGGCGGCGCGCCCGCGCGCGCGCUGGAGAUCGGGUCCUACGAGGGCCGCUCCGCCUGGCUCUGGUACCGGCUCCUGAGCCGCGCGCCGGGCUCGACGCUGACCUGCGUCGACAUCCAGUUCGCGGAGCACUUCGAGUACAACGUCGAGCCGCUGCGGACCGUGGGCUUCCUGGAGCGAACGCUGGAAAAGCCGUCGAACCGGGCGCUCUUCGAGCUCGACCCGGACCGGCCCUACGACCUGAUCUACGUCGACGGCUCGCACAACGCGACGCACGUGCUCGCGGACGUCGUCAUGGCCGACGUGCUCCUCCGCGACGGCGGGCUCAUGAUCCUCGACGACAUCGAGUGGCGCGGCGUCACGGACGCGGCGGAGCGCUUCUUCGAGAUCAACCGCGACCGCUACGUCGUCGUCGCCGUCAUGCGGCAGCUCGCGCUGCGCAAGUUCCACGGCGCGGAGCUCCAGGCCGGCGACCGCGCCGCGCGCUACCAGGACAUCGAGCGCACGGCGGCGUCCUGGGACGGCUCCGCCAUCGAGCGCGGCGCGGAGCGGGCGAGGCUCGCGGGCACGGCGGGGUAA